UGCCAUUCAGUUAGUUGCCGGAAUCGCAGCGCGCAGGUUCUCGAAUCGGUUUGGAUUUUUAAGGAUUUCCAAAAACAGGCAUCAAAAGGACUCGCCCAAAAUGGUAAUCGAGGAGUGGAAAAAGAGUGGCAUUGCCACCAAAUUUCCCACCUAUCGCAACUCGCCCCUGAUCACCACUCACAGCUGGCAGAAGGGCAAGCGGCAGGACGAUCGGGCCGAAGGACUCUGGCGCAUCUACGAUGGCAUCUACGACUUCACCGAGUUCAUUGACAAGCAUCCUGGCGGCCCUUUCUGGAUUCGCGAGACCAAGGGCACCGAUAUAACCGAAGCCUUCGAGGCUCACCAUCUUACGACGGCACCCGAGAAGAUGAUCGCCAAAUACAAGGUUCGGGAUGCGGCCGAGCCAAGGAUCUACACUUUGACACUGGAGGAGGGGGGAUUCUACAAGACCCUCAAGGAGCGAGUGCGCGAAAAGCUGAAGACCGUCGACAAGAAGCCAAAAAGAAAGAGUGAUCUCAUCCACCUGGGAGUCCUUGUGUCGCUCUUCCUUUUCGGCAUUGCCAGUGCCAAGUACAAUAGCCUUUUGGCUCUGAUCUUGGCGGGUGUGGCCCUCUGCUGGACGGUGAUCGUGUCCCACAACUACUUCCAUCGCCGGGACAACUGGCAGAUGUACGCCUUCAAUCUGGGCCUGAUGAACUUCGCCGCCUGGCGUGUGUCCCAUGCUCUGUCCCACCACAUCUAUCCCAAUUCCUAUUUCGAUCUGGAGCUCUCGAUGUUCGAGCCGCUGCUCUGCUGGGUGCCCAAUCCGCACAUCAAAAGCAAGGUGAUGCGCUAUGUGUCCUGGGUCACGGAACCGGUGGCCUAUGCCCUGGCCUUCUUCAUACAGAUCGGCACACGUAUUUUCUACUCGCUGCGUCACACGAACAUCCUCUACUGGCACGAUCUACUGCCGCUGAGCAUACCCAUUGCUAUUUACCUGGGAACCGGAGGAUCUGUUGGCGUCUGGACCUGCGUGCGAACGUGGCUCUCGAUGACGUCGAUCGCUAGUUUUAGCUUCUGUGUGAUAGGUCUGAAUGCGGCCCAUCACGAUCCGGAAAUCUAUCACGAGGGCGAUGCGAAUCGCGAGGAUCGCGACUGGGGCUUGUUCCAGGUGGACACGAUCAUCGAUCGCGGCGAUCUCAAGUGGUCACAGUUCCUGGUCCUCACCCACUUUGGCGAUCAUGUGCUCCACCAUCUCUUCCCGACUUUGGACCAUGGACUCCUGCCCGCUCUCUAUCCGGUUUUAUAUGAGACUCUUGAUGAGUUCAAGGGUCAUCUGCGCGAAUGCAAUCACAUUGAGCACAUGAUCGGCCAGCACAAGCAACUGCUGCGCAUCGAGCCCAAUCCCAGGGCUCCGGGGGCGGGAAAGUAGAAGCUACUUGUUUUUGGGGUUUAAUUAAAAGUAAAUAAAUAUAUCCACAUAAUCUUAUUACUUAACAU